GUUGGACAGACAGCAUAUGACAGAGAGCACAUCAACUGAGAGUUCAGUGUAGGUCAGUGUAAGUGUAUCGAAUGCCAAAGGUGCCAUCAUUUUCUUAAAGAUAAGAAAACUGACUAAUUGGACACAAUGGUGUUACCAGACAUAUACUCCAAGAAUACCCGAGGGACUGCACUGCCAAGAAAUAAUAAGAACAUAAGUAGUCCAGCAGUCGACACAUUUCUGGGCGCUCCCAAAUUCGACAAGAAAAGACAGGUCAAAAAAGAAAAGAAGACAAAGUUUCAAAAGGACGUCCAGGAGAAGUACAUUCCCUUCAGUGAGCUCCAAGAGUCUGUGAGGUCCAGAAACCUUUUUCUCACUCCAGACGACAGGAGUUCAGAAGUCAGCAAGGAGGACAUCCAGUAUGAUUUUCCGAGAACUACAGACAAGCUUGCGAAUCGCAGCUACACUGAAGCCCGAUUUCUUAAAAACAGGAAAAUUGAGGAAGAAAUCAAAUAUGAUGUUCAGGACAUUUUAAUCGAAGAACCUGAGGAGCAGCACUUCGUGUCCAGCAGAGACAAAUACCAUCCUUACAGUAUGACGGAAUAUAAGGAACCUCUUGGACUUCAGGAAGACAGCAACGAGUUGUUAAAAUGCCAGGAUGCUCUUGAAAAAUCCUUGAAGAGAGAAAUGGAAGGUAUUACUAAAGUUGAGCAGGCCUUGGGGAAAGAAAAGGAAACUGCUGAUUCUCUUGAAAAGGUCACGGAGAGAGAAGAAAUAACUAAAGCUUCUCUUGAAGAGGCCUUGAAGAUGAAAGACAAAACUAAAGCUUCUCUUAAAGAGGCCUUGAAGAGGGAAGAAAAAACUAAAGCUUCUCUUGAAGAGGCCUUGAAGAUGAAAGACAAAACUAAAGCUUCUCUUAAAGAGGCCUUAAAGAAAGAACAAAGAGCGAAAACUUCUCUUGACGAGGCCAUGAAGAACAAAGAAAGAGCCAUCACCUCUCUUGAAGAGGCCUUGGAGAGAGAAGAAAGUCUUAAAACUUCUCUUGAAGAGGCCUUGAAAAGAGAAGAAAGUCUUAAAACUUCUCUCGAGGAGGCCUUGAAAAGAGAAGAAAGUCUUAAAACUUCUCAUGAAGAGGUCUUGGAGAAGGAAAGAUCUAAAGCCCAACACAUAAAGGCUCUGGAGCAAAAAGAAAAACACGCUCUUAAAAAGACUAUGAAGAAGAUGCAAGCUGAAAACACUGAUCUUUGUGUUAAAACGGACUCCAUGAAGGCACAAGUGGCUGACCUGAAGAAGUCACAGAAGUCACUCCUGGGGGCACACAAAAAGCAAAAAUGCACAAUCGCCGAUUUGACAGCUGAGCUUGAAGAAAGAAAGAAGCUGAUGAUUAAACUCCAAAAUGAUCUGGAGGCAUCCGCUCGUCAGCAUGAAAAAGAACUGGCAGAGCGUGAUGUGGUGAAUUGUGCUGAAGUCAAGGCGCUAAACGAACGUGUCGUUAAGGAGCAGGAGAAGAAUCUGGAGAAAGACAGUGAAAUUCAAUCUCUCCACUUCAAUAUUCAGACUCUUCGAAUGAAUGUUGAUGUCAAAGAUAGCAUUGUUUCCACACUGCAGGAGAACGUCAGUCAGCAGGCUUCAGACCUCAAAGAAGAGAGAGCAAAAAACUGUGAUCUCAAGAGGGACUGUGAGACUGCUGUCUCCCAGUGGAAGAAGGACCAAGAAAAACUGGAUCAUCUAAUUCAGGAAAACAGAAAACAGGCCUCUGCUCUAAACCAGAUGCAGCUUCAUCAGAAAAAAUACCAGGAAGACGGAGAAGCUUGCAGGAGACUUGAGGAGGCCAUCCACACGGAGAAGGCUCGGUUUUCGGAGGCAUGUGAAAAGAUUCAGAUGCAAGAGGACAAGCUCGCCGAGAAGACUCUGGCUUUAGAAAAAAGUCUGGCUGCUGAGAAGCUUUUAAGAUCUUCUCUCAGAAGUGAAAAGAAGCAUUACAAGCAGAUGCUUUUACAAAAGCAGGAUUCAGCCGAUCCUCAAACAUUCCUCAGGAACCAGCUGAGGAAAGUAUCAGCAAACUCAGAGCAUCUCAUGUACGACAUGGAGACACUGAGAAUGGAGAAUGCAGACAUCAGAGUUAAAUUCAAUGCUACUGAGACACAAUAUCGUUCUCUCUCUGAACAAUAUCAAGAGAUGAUAACAAACAAAAACAAGACCAUCUCUGAGAAUCAACAUACUAUUGCUGUGCUCCAGUGCAUGGUACGUAGGCUCAAGGUGCAACUUGAAGACGACGUUAAACUGGAAAGGACAAGAAACUCUGAUUUGCAGCAGAGAGUUGAUGACAUUUCCUCUGCUCUGGAAAAAGAAAGGGCCUCCAAGGUUCAGGAGCAGCUGGUUGAGUCAAACAUCAAGUUCAGUCACACCAGCGACACUGAGCUUAUGCUUAACCAACAGAGCCUACUACACCUGCAGAAGCAAUACACCGAGUUACAGAGACAGCACUGUGACAUUACUUCUGACUAUCAUGAGCUGCUUAGAAGUCACAGCGCUCUCGAACUCAAAUAUGAUAAGAUCCACCUACUCUGUAAUCUGAGAGAGUCCUGAAUUUGCAUGCUCUCCUAGUGUCUGUAAUGGGGUUCUCUCCGGGUGCUCCGGCUACCCCCACAGAUAGAGUAACCACUGAAAAAUAUUCACGGUUUCUCUUAAAAAAAAAAAAAGAAAAAAAGUGGUGCUUUGAGCAGAUGCCUUUCAAAGGCAGGAUUCCUUUAGGAACCAGCUAACAUCUACAUCCUCACAGCGUCAACCUGCAGACACCAAGGAUGGAGAAUGCAGAUAUCAGCGCUACUCAACUCAACUCAGCAUUUUCUGGUUGCGUCACCAGCUGUGUCACCAGCUGUUCCCGCCCAUAAGACUGACAGAAGAAAACAAAGAAAAAAAGGAAGAAAAAGAUGUUACGGGGGUGACACCCUGUAGCACAGCCCACUGUACAGACAAGCUGUCUACCCUCCUUCAGGGCACUUCAUCCUUGCAGACGGAGGGUACCACUCUCCCUCAUCACUCCCUACAAUCGCUGUUACAAGGUGUGGGACCCAAGCGCUUUAAUGGCCAUCAUUCCAGGGCACGCUCUAUCAUUAAGCGUGCCUUUGGAAUGAUGAAGACCAGGUUCUGGGCUAUCUUCCUUUAAGCGCUGGC